AUGGGAGAGUUUGACAUAGCAGCUUUCUUGUCUUCUCCCAAAUCAGAGCGAGCGGAAAUCCGUCCCCGUAGCAACCGAAACGCACUGCUUUGUACUGUGUCACUCCUUAAAGUGACAUGGCCAUGGUCUGUCUCUCAUGCAGCGUUCCUAUUAGCCUACGCGGUGUUUGGUGGGCGGUUCCACUGCUCCCAGGUGGGCGGAAGGGAAGAUGAGGAGCCGGGGGGUGGGGCUAAAGCACCUGCAGAGGAAGGGGCGGGUCUUUACCUGGGAGAGCUGCGGGUGAUGAUGAAGAGAUUGCUGCAGGAUGAAGAUAUCCAGGACACAGUCGGUCGAGUCAGCAGAGCGAACCAUCCUCCAGGGUCCUCGGAGGGAACGUCCCUGGCCUCCGAGAUCCUCCGACGCUUCAGGCGGCUGCAGAUGGACCACACCUGGACCGAGUCUCUGUACGCCACGCUGCAGUUCCCCGACAGGUCUCAGAGGAGCUCUCUGUGGCUGCUGGAUUCUGCAGGACUGAUCUCAGAACAGAUUCCCCUGAACCCAUCUGACUUCUGUCCAUACAGCGCCACAGGAAGUACCACGGGGGGCGUUGUCUACGCCAACUACGGCCGCCCGGAGGAUUUUAACUGGCUGAAGAGCGUGGGCGUGUCUGUGGUUGGCUCUGUGGUGGUGAUGCGUGUUGGGGGCGGGGUCAGUUUUGCUGAGAAGGUCUGGUUGGCUGAAAGGAGCAGGGCGGGCGGAGCUUUGAUCUACCCCGACCCCGCCGACCUGCCACAGGACCCCCGACGCCUCGGACUGAACACACACACAGCCGUGUCGGAACAUGUCCACCUGGGUUCAGGUGACCCCUUCACCCCCGGUUUCCCUUCAUUCAACCACACUCAGUUCCCACCCAUCCAGUCCUCCGGCCUGCCGCUGAUCCCCGUCCUGCCAAUCAGCGCCACCGUCGCCGCCAAGCUGCUCAGUCAGCUGUCGGGUCCGCCCUGCCCUCAAUCAUGGCGUGGGCGGCUGCCAUACGUGCGCUGCAUGGUCGGUCCAGAGUUCAGCUCUGGACGCAGAGUCAAGAUGUCGGUCCACAAUGUCAUGACGCCGGUCCUGCUGAACAACAUCUUCUCCUCUCUGACAGGCCGAGUUGAGCCAGACCAGUACAUCAUCCUGGGAGCUCAGAGGGACUCUCUGGGUCCUGGCGCUGUGACGUCCGGAAUAGGGACAGCACUCCUCCUGGAGCUGGCGCGAACUUUCUCUGCCAUGGUGAAGGAAGGUUUCAGUCCCAGACGGAGCUUACUGUUUGUCAGCUGGGACGCUGGAGAUUUUGGGAACGUCGGGGCAACUGAAUGGCUGGAGGGUUACCUGUCCAUGCUCCACCUAAAGGCUGUAGCCUACUUCAGUCUGGACCAGGCCAUCAUGGGUGAUGAUGUCCUGUCUGCCUACACCAGUCCUCUACUGGAUGACCUGCUGGACGCGGCCAUCAAACAGGUGGAACAUCCCAAACAUGCGGGUCAGACCAUCUACAGCCAGGCUGAGAGGGAGGGGGGCAGCUGGAGGAUCAUGAAACCUCUGUAUCUGAACAGCGGCGCCUACAGCUUCACGGCGUUCGCCGGUGUCCCAGCUGUGGAGCUCCGAUUCACCGAGGAGCGUGCGUACCCGUUCGUCAACACACCGCUGGACAGUGUCUCUCGCCUACAGGAAGUGCUAGGCGGCCGUCUGGGGAUCACGGGGCGGAGCUUAGCGGAGCUGGUAGGGGAGAUGGUCCUGCGAUUGGCCCACGACCACAUCCUGCCGCUACGCAUCACUUCCUACGCCCAGACAGUGCUGCAGCUUAGCGCUCAGCUCAACAAGCACUCUGCUGAGCUGCAGUCCCGAGGGUUGUCCCCUCAGUGGGUUUUCAGCGCCCGGGGAGAUUACAGCCGCGCGGCCGAGACGCUGCAGCGAGCCAUCGACUACAGCGACCUGCACGACCCCGCCACGGCUCACUUCUACAACACGCGCAUCAUGAGGGUAUUU